AUGUUAUCAUUACAGCUACGUUCAUUACUGAAAAGUCUAACAUGUAAAAGGCAUAUAACCACCACAGCUAGAGUAUGCAACAACAAUAUCAAAUCAAACACAUCUUCCUCAAGGACAUCAGACACUGAUUCGAAAAAACCAACUCCAUCAUUAUCUAAUCGAUUUCAAGAAAAGUACAACAGCACUAAUCAUAGUCGUCAUCGUCAUUCGCCAAGACCAACACCGCGCCAUCAUCAUGGACGUCGUGAAGGAAAUACUAAACUACGCAACAAUGAUUCAUCCAAUCAGUUUAAUUUACAAAAAAUUCUCGAUACCGGGUCUGAAUCAGCUCAAAAUGCAUUAAAAUCAAUCCUUGCCCGAAUUCAUCAAUUGCAACCAUUAAAUCAACAAGUCCAAUAUGUAUCCCCAACGCAGGGACUAAUCACUUGUUCAAUUCAACAAGUUCUUGCAGAUUUAGACUUGAGUACACAAGGAUUGCAAUUGAUUGAGAGAGAAGUAGUCACCAAUACAAAUCCACCAGCCGGUACUUCAUCUUCACCCUCAGUAAUUCCAUUGAUCAAAAAGAUUAAGAUUCAAGAAAUGUUUAAAGCGUAUAAUGACGAACUAGCAGAAGCCAAAGAACUAGAGUUGCUAACAAUGGGCUCGAAAAAGACAAUCAAGGCACUCGAUAACAAGUUACGAGCAAAACAAAAAAAAUCAAGUGAAAAGCAAAUCAUGAUCAAAUGGUCCAUCAGCUUGAAUGAUUUAACAAAUCAAAAACAAGUUGAAAUUGAGAAUCGAUUGAAAAAGGAAAAAACCAAGAUUGUCAUUUAUUUAAUCCAUAAUAAGAAAUCUCCAAAUUUGAAAAUCACCGACAUCUAUCGAGCCAAUAAUGCUGAUCCAGAUGUAAAUGAAAUGAUGGAAAUUGAACUAAAGAAAAGACAUAAAGUUAAGGAUACAUUGGAGGAUAUUUUGAAUUCGUUGGAAUGCAAAUGGACUAAGGAAGGUGAUGUUGAAAGUAAAGUAGCGUACUCCAUCUCGCCAAUCACAACCACAACUACCAGUGGAGCCAGUGAAAAAGAAAAAGUGAGUGAAACACAGCAACAGGCCCCCAAAAAGAAUAAACCAAAGGUUCAAAAAGCCAAUGAGGUUCCAACCAAACAAAAGGAAGAGGAUCUUGAUGCAUUAUACCUGCUUAAAAUUGAGGAUUAA